AUGAAUGUAUCCUCUACAAAAUCGUUUUUAAUACAUUUCAUAUUGCUUUUCAGUAGCAAUUACUAUCGCCAUUAUAAAGGAGCUUUGAGUAACUUCGCGCUAGCCCAAGAGCAAGCAGAAGCAGAACAAGAGCCACAACUAUACGUGGUGGACCUCGAUGUUAAUUACAAGUCAAGCACGCCAUAUACGGAGUACAGUUACGAUGAGCUUAACCAGGUAACGAGGUUUACGGCAAAGCCAGGGUUCCUCAUCAACGGUAUCUUCAAGGGCGACAAAUUUAUUUCUGAGGCCCAAAACUAUCAGUACUACUCUAAAGUCAUGAUAUACUACGGUAGGGACGGUGGAAGGAAGCUGACUGCACUCCUGCCUUACGAACCAGAACCUGAUGACGUGCCCAGAGCUACGCAUAUUUCUGAGUUACCACCGCCACAAUUGAUCAUGCUCAAUACCAAGCUCAGAGAAUCUACCCAACAGAUUAAAUACAGUUACGAUCAGUACUUCAACGUUGACAGAUUUACCUGUAAGCCAGGCUUUCUUAUUUACAAAGUUGUAAGGGGCGAUCGAACCAUAGCCCAGGUCACAGACGAAAAAUACUAUGACAGAGUUGUUAUACACACAGGGUCAGACGGAAAAAGGAAGCUGACUGUCCUGUAUCCCGGAGAAAAGGAACCGCCUGAGAUUCCUCAGCCUGGGUCAGAGCCACAACCAGUUCAGCUGCAACCCGUACAACUGGACGUCUUACUCAAGCAGGAAACAGAAUACUACAAGUAUAAGUAUGAUAUGUUUAACGAUCUGGAGAGAUUUACUGCAAAACCCGGAUUUGUAUUCGCCAUAGUUAUGAAGGGAGAGAAGCUGGUAACACAGGUCACAGAUCAAAGGUAUUUCGACAGAGUCCUCAUAUACAAGGACGAGAACGGUAAGAAGAGGAUGACAACCAUGUUCCCGGGCGAGGAGGAGCUUGUAUCAAUCAACCUCAGGGAAAAGCAGUCCUCCGACGAGUUCACUUACAAGUAUACAGAGGCAACGGAUCGUCACAAGUUCACCUGCAAUGAGGGUUUCCUCGUAUACAGGGUUAUGAAGGGUGACCAGUUUAUUACACAGGUUGAAGACAACAACUACUACGACAGAGUCAUCAUUGAAAGGGACCCAGCAGGUGGCAAGAUGCUCACGCUGCUGUACCCCAACGACCCAGACGUAAACGACCCUGAUGAGCCAUAUCCGGCCUACAAGAUAGCCAAGGGCCUGAUUCGAGCGGAAACAGAGAUCGGGGUGGACCUGGCAGAUGCAGCGCUCCAGCGCCUGCCGGGCGUUACCGUUACUAAACAGCCCACCAGGGACCCGGUGCACAUCGACCUCGACAUCUUCAGGGAAUGCGAUUUAUACCACGUCAAAAACAACAGCUUCCAGGGCAUUUACACGAUCACAGCUAGGCCCGGGUACGGCUUCAAGGAGGUGCGCCACGCAGCAGACACCAUCUGGAACUUUGACGAGUGCACAAAGUCAGUCGACCACCCACACAAGAUCCUGAUGAAGGAGUCGUGGGGAGAAAAGCACGUCGCCAUCAUCUUCGAUGACGACUACUUCGUCUACAGAAGGCCGGGAAAAAACCAGCCCUGGCAGGACCUGUCUGCCCGCAGGUACGACCUGAAGCGCAUCAGGUUCUACAAAGGUGACCCAAACAACCUCGACUCCCUGGUGCCCCUCGAGAGGCACGAAUACACAGUAGGCACUCGCUACAUCACCAUCGGCUACACCUUCAACCCCGGUGUCGAGUGCUCUGAGAUCAGGUACGACAAGAACGUCAUGUGGCGCUACGUGAACAAGUUCCCGAAGGCGCUCCACCUCAACCAGGACGAACUACGUCGUCCUCGAUGUCCCGCCACCUUAAACACGCAGGUGCAGCGCUCUGUCAGCGGGGCCCCUCUGGAGCCCUCCGCAAUCUCAGCAUUUUAA